AUGGAUAUCCAAGACAUUUUUUCAUUCGGCUUAGGAAUUCAAGUUAUUUUAAGUAUACUUACUUUAGUUUUUAUCGGAUACGUAUUAGAAACUGAAGAUAACGACAUACCAAAAACAAUAAAACUGUGCCUUUACAUUUCGGUCCUCUCAAUUCAAGCUGCUAUAUAUGGAGUAUACGGAAGCGUAUUGGAACAUAAUUACGAAACCGUUGCUGAAGCAAUUUACGAUAGCGAAUGGUACUUUGGUGAUAAAAGUUUUCAACAAGGGAUGCAAUUUAUUCUUAGAAUGGCACAAAAACCGGCUAAACUAACCGCUAUGGGGUUAACGGACAUUAACAAUACAAGUAUUAUUAUGAUUUAUAAAACAAUUUUUUCAAUUUUAACCUUAAUAAAGCAAUUAGUUAAUACUGACAAUUAACCUUUUAAUACAUGCGGGAAAUUUAAAUUGUUAAUUUCGCACUAGCAGCAUAUUUCGUUAGCUAGCUGAUUCACAGUUAAUAUGUGUACCGAGAAUUUCCCACAUAAAAUAGAACAUAGCCUAAUAGUACAGGCAUUGAGUAGUUCUGCAAAGGAAAAUUUUUGCUUGGAA